UUGGAAAAAGAGCGUAUUGAGAUGCAUUUGAGAGAAGAAAAAGAAUUUCUUGAAGAAAAAUUUGCUAAGCUCAUUGAACUAAGACGGCGAUUAAUUGAAAAACAAAGGAAAAGAAUUGAGACAAUUAGAGUGAAAAUUAAAAAGCAUAGAAAAGCUGGCAAUGAGAUGGAAAUUGAUGAGAAUGGACCAAUUGCAAAACGUACUCGUUCCCAUUAUGUUUCAUCAAAUGACAAAGAAAGUAAGAAAUGA